UUAAAAAUGCCCAUUAUUGGUCUAGGAACCUGGCAGAUUAAUGGGGAAGACCUCGAAAUUUCGCUAGAGGCUGCUCUAGAGUCUGGAUAUAGAUCCAUCGAUACGGCAACUAUUUACCAAAACGAAGACGUUAUUGGAAGGGUUGUCAAAAAAUGGAUCGAUGCCGGGAAACUUAAACGCGAGGAAUUGUACAUUGUUACGAAACUACCCCCGUGCUUCAUGCGCCCUGAAGACGUCGAACCUUGUCUUCGUUCGUCCUUAGAAAAAUUGCAAUUAGAUUAUGUUGACCUUUAUUUGAUUCAUGUACCUUUUGGGUUCAAAAAUGUCGACGGUCAAAUGGUGCCAGUGACCGAAUUAGGAGUUGUUGAUUUGGACAUGAAUACAGAUCAUCUUGCCAUUUGGAAAAUGAUGGAAGAAAUGGUAGACAAGCAUCUGACAAGAGACAUAGGGCUUUCGAAUUUUAACAUUCCCCAAAUAAGACGCGUCUUAUCUCGUUCCCGAAUCCCACCCGCAAAUUUACAGGUGGAACUGCAUGUUUUGAAUCAGCAAAAUGAAUUGGUGAAUUAUUGCAAGAGGAACCACAUUUCGGUUACGUCUUAUUCAACAUUUGCUAGUCCAGGGUGUAAGCCAUUCUUCGACAGCAUUGGAAUUGAAGUUUAUAUACCCGAUCUGUUUUCCGACCCCGUCGUGAAAAAGAUUGCCGAAACACAUGGGAAGAACCCUGCGCAAGUACUUUUACGCCACAUGGCACAAAAGGGCAUCGCUGUUAUACCGAAAAGUAAAAACCCGGACCGCGUUAAAAGUAAUUUCGACAUAUUCGACUUCGUUUUGAACGACGAUGAAAUGAAACAACUGAAUAAUCUAAACGCCGAUCCACCAAUCAGGGUGGUUGAUAUGACCAUGUUUCCCGGGUAA